AUGGGGGCUUUAGCGAGAGUUGUAUCGUUUUGUGUUGCCAAAGACGUGAACGGGCGACCGGCACUGGCUAGACUGCUUCUUACAAGACUCAUAUCGCUUUAUGGAGUGUCAACUGUGUUAUUUCUGAUCAAGCUACGAAAGCUGACAUCCUCCAGCCGAUGGACGGCGGAACUAUGGAAAUAUCUCCGAAAUUCGAGCGGUCUGGCCAUGGCGCUGACACUUGUGCCGGUUAUUCGAGCGCUAGCCGGAGUGGAAAACAUCGUGUUACCAUGGUCUGCAGCUGUCGGAGGUGCGCUUGCUACGGUGACGGGCUUACCGAGUUGGCUGAGCUCGUAUGUCGCCGUGGAGUCCAUCUCAGACGCCGUAUUGUCCACAAGAACCGUAAAGAAAGUUCUAUCGAACAUGGGAACGUCAAGCCUAGUUAUUGGGCGGCAAGCAUUGCUGUGUCUGUUGAUACCCUUUUUUUACAGCCGAGCAGACAAGCAAUCGUCUGCGGCGGCAAGAUUCCUGUUUAAAAAACGGUCAUUGGGACGUGAUUUCGUACUUUUUUAUUGCAUAUGGAACUUUCUGUCGGUCUACAACUCUCUGAAGAGCUUUUUGAGAGAUUCAAGGCGUGAAAAGGUUUACAGAUCUCAGCAAUACUCGUCGGGCCAGGUUGACGAAUGGCCAAUGAUUUCGAGCAAUUUAAAGCCGCUUAUGGAUAAGCUGGUCGAAAUCCAUGAGAUAACGUUACAAGAUACUUAUUCUUCAUUCGAAAAGAUAAUGAAUUCACCGAUGAUCAAAAAUUUCAUGCCUUGCUUUAAAUGGGCUCUCUGGAGACAGUUGUGUGUGCGAACAAUGACCCAUACGCCGCCAACGCGGCAUAAUCAUGCUGCUGGAGCGAGUCUCAUGAAGUCAAUCACUCUGAUGCUUGGCUUUUUCGUCCUCGAUGGGAGCGAUAACAAGAUGAACGUCAGACCGGGAGUGCUGCGCUAUCUUAUCAGGUGUACUUUAAGUACCUAUCUGGGAAUCACAAGCCUAAAAACACAGCAGCUGAUUGCUUUUCUGGGCUCCCAUUUGGCAUUACAGAAUAUUGCACAGUAA